AUGCAAGACUUACCACCUAUUGGAGGAUACGAGCCAGUACAAUGGAAGAGAAACCUUCCUUCUAGAGGAUUCAGACCUACAAUUUACUUUUGGGGUAUCACUGGUUUGAUCUCAUUUGGAUUCUAUAGAUAUUAUCAAGGUGUGAACGAGCAACGUGAAAUAAGCAGAGAAAAACAAUGGGCCAGAUUCUACUUGGAACCCUUGUUGUUGGCCGAAGAAGACAGAAACAUAGCCAGAAGAUUUUACUCAGAGAAGGCCAGACAAGAUUUGGUUCGUGAAUCAAUGAGUUCCGAAAACAAAGCCAAGUUCGAUGAAGAAAUCUAUAAUGACAAGUCGAAGUUCCGUUUCCCUAAGUACACCGCUGGUCCUGAUCCUUCUGAGCGUUAA